GUUCUAAUAGAUUUAUAUAAAUAUAGUUAUAUUGUAAUAUAGUACAUCAUUUAAUACCAUGUAUUUAUUAUAUUAAAUGUAUAUUGGACAUUUAUAAUAGUUACGAUAUGGUAGUUGUAUCAUAUUCUGCAUAUUGUUUUUUAAAUCUAUAUAUAAAAGAUGUCCUCCUUAUGUUAAACUAAAACAAAAAAAGCUUGAUAGUAGAAUAUUUAACAGUAAAGAAAUAAAUUACAACGUACUUAGCAUGACGCGGUGACGUCAUAAAGUCAGCUGCUGUUUCAUUUGCGGAAAUGACAGUUUUCCGUUCUUCCCUACCGGUGAGUAAGGACUCCCGAGUCCGUCUCCCGACCCGAGAACGCAAGUCCGUUCUUUCUGUCUUAUUAUUAUUAUUAUUAUUAUUAACAAACGGCCAUGACCACCUUCAACCGGCCAGUAGGCUUUAGAUAUCGGAAGUAGUGCGAGUGGUCCGUCAGGUGUCUGGCCUUCAGAAUAAAUGAAGCUAGCUGUAGAGCAGUGUUGCAAUUUGAUGCAAUUUGCAGUGUUUAUAUUUAUCCUCUUGGACCGCAUGAUUAUUCUAACAUAAUUUCGAUUUAGGAACAAGGCAGGAUUAAGAACUAAAGGUAAAAUGUUGAAUGCAUUUUCAGUCUUCCCUAUAUGGGCAAUUUUCAAGUCUUGAUUUGUUUUUCUUUCACAAAAUGUUGCUCACUACUUUUGUCUGUGGUAAAAUAAACACUACGUUUACGUUUCUGCAUGUGUGCACUGCCGCUUACGGUUGUUUAACUAGGUACGAGACACCUUUACUCUGGAGAGUACGGCGCCGGAAGUACGUUUUUACGACGUGAAGUGAAACUGCAACAAAAAUCUGCCGGAUCGAAGUUUCAAGUGAAAUAUGCAGAGCAUGGAUCUCCUUGGCAAACUGGAAAUCUACAUCCCAGUGGAAGCUGAGGUGAAAAGGAUCCCUCUGUGGACUUUGCCAAAGUCCGUGAUCAGAGGAAUGGGCCUCCCCGUGUCUGCCUCUAAGGGUUCUGGGAAGCUCACAGACUCUCCAGAAGGCACAUGGAUUUGUCCUGCAGUCAUACGAAGGAAAGGCCAGAAACUGACCUCCCACGCAGGGAACCACACAAUGGAAAACCUGUCUUCGCUGCUGGGAAGAGAGUUUCGAGCUAAUCCAGGGCCCGUCCAAAUGAGCUUUGUCUUGGCUAACCAUGCGGUGUACAGGGCGCUGAACGACGCCAUGAAUGGAAAGAAGGUCUUGGCGCACACAUCUCACGCCUCCCUGUUACCUCUGGGCGAUGCACCGCGAAUGUACAAAGAUGCCGUUAUCCUCUACAAUGGACACGUAUACCUGUCAAUUAGGAAUCCCAACCAGAGCCGGAGUCCACCAGAGAUACUCCAACAAACGACAGCUUUACAGUCUUCCAUUCCUUCAACAUCAGAUUUACCAUCUAAAAGCCUCAAAAAGCGCCGGUCCCCUCAGACUUGUCUUGAACCUGCAGAACCACUGAGGAAGAAACUGCAUGUGACUCUGCCCCACAUAGCUCCAAAACAGCUAAAUAAUUGUCUCAGUAGACCAGAUAAUCACUCCACAGCAGACCAGGAGCUCCUAAAUGACAGCAAGCCCAAGGAGAAACGCACUGCACCUAAAGCAACACACGGGGAAAACAAGAAGCCUGAUAUGCCCAAGGGAGGUGACGUGUCCUCAACCACGACUGCACAUGCUGGCAGCGCUCACAAAGGAGACAGUCAACGCCAUAGGGAUGUCGAGCAACAGCAGGCCGCAGAAGAACCAGCCACCACAGAGCAGGUGUGGUUUCAGCCUCAGGCGGAGCGUGGGCUGGAGGAGAAGGGCAACGACGAAGACGGCAGUGAAUGUGAGAUGGUGACGGGUGAUGAAGAAGCUGAUUAUAUACACGUAGUCAGUGCCGGUGAAUCUAACAACACGGUCAAUAUUGUAGAUCAAAGCGGCAGCCAGAGCCAAACCAUGACAAUGUGUCGGGGCGAAGCUCCAGCAUCCACUUUGCUGCAGGAGUAUGUUUUUAAGCAACUGGAGAAUGAGGAGAAAAUCGCUCGCAUGAAGCUCAAACUGAGACAGGGGGUAGCCGCUCUCAACAACCUGCCCUCCCCAUGAUAGCGAAUAAGAGAUUGUUUGUGGUGCAGCAGAUCAUAAAACAUGGAUCACCACAAACAAAUGAUGCCCCUCAUACUAAUAUUCCUUGGCAGAUCCAGAUCCACCUGUUGUUUGGGACUGCUGAUCAACAAAGAUCCAGAUUAUUUGCAUGAAAAAUGUGUUUGUGUAAACAACUCAAAUGAAUUCAUGUUAUUGUGAAAACAUUUUACCAGGUUACAUCCGACUACUAAAUUUACCAAAACUCGUUUUCACUGAGCAUAGGCUGAAGGGAACCUUUGUUCUCCUUUUGGAUUGUAGAAUUAAAUCAUUUUGAAACUAACAUUAUCAGAUAAAACUAUAAACAACAUGCUCAUAAACAUCUCAAUGUUACUCAAUGUUGGCGGAUAACGAUCAUCAAUACAAUUUAAUUUCACGGAUCAAGAAUACACCGUUACACCACUAAUAAUCAUGCCUUAGUUCCCCAAAACUAAAACUCCCAAUAAGAGAUUUACCCAUGAACACAUGCAGAUCAGCAUCCUGCUGCACCUAGAUAAUGAUUCCCCUCCAUGGAACAUCUUCAAACAGGAUACCAGUGUGCAACUGAACUCAGGGACAAGGUCUUUUUAAACUAGUACUCACACUUCCUCGACAUUUGCUGCAGAGGACACAUGCCAUUGUUUUGUGACGACCGACCUUCGCAAUUGGAUUUAAGAAGUCCCUGUGAUGUCUCCGUGACAUCACCCGUUGCUUCGUGGACUGUUGCUUUAAGGCCUUGAGUUUAGCGUUUUGGCCGUUACCCUCUUCUGUUUUUUUGUUUAUUGUUUUUUACACUUUACAACCACACGCUGUAUUAAACAUUCUUAGAAGACUAAAAUUUUAGAAACAAUUUUUUGUGGAACCCCUCUUUCUCUAAAUUCCAUUUGUUGCUGUUAUCUGUUCUGAACAUUUGCUCACUUUCUAAUGUUCCUCUGACUGGGAUCCCUGACGUGUGGACCCGCCAUGAGUUUGAUUAUACAUUGUGAAGACGUUAAAAACUGGCGUCUUUGACGGUCUGAUUCUGUUUUGCAUAGGAAAUGUUAAUUAAAUUGUUCAUCAUCGAGUCUGUCAUCACACUCAUUUUUCAAAAAGAAGUCCUCCAUUUCCUCCAGGCGGUUCUCCUCAUGGUGUUUUUAAUCAAGGUCAAAGAGAAGGGAUUAGGAAGGGACACCGUUGUUUCACUGUUCGAUCCCCUCAUUACAGAGCCCACAGAAUGACAUGAUGACGGAUGUUUGGAGUACUAAAACCCAGAAAUUAGUCCGCGUCUUUACUCUUCAGCUUCCACUGUUGCAGUUUCUUUUUGUAAGAGGUGUGAAACACAAACUGGAGAGAUUUGUUGAUCUCUGGAAUGGAAUAAUGAAAUAGAAUAGAAUAAAUAGCCCUGCGGUAGAUUUUAAAACCUUAUACGUGUCUUAAAUAAUAAUAAAAGAUGAGAAAGGCCCCUUACUAGACCACUGGUCCUCCUUUAGCUCUGGAGGAAACGUGAAGUCAUGUGACUGCCUGUAGCUCCUUAUAGAGCCCAAUAACUCUUUUAAAAGUGGUCUUCAUUUGUAAAGAAUGAAUGUGGAAGUAUCCUAAAUGGUUGUUUGCCACAGAGAAUAUCUUUCUGCAAUAAUGAAAAAAUUAAUUGGGGAAACCCCAUAGGCUUUUCUUCAUAGUACUGUUUACUGUGACAAAAUUACAUAAAUAAAUGACUCUACACUCUAUUGAUACGGGUCUGCAGUGGUGAAUUUCAGGCCGACAGCAUCUUCUGCCCUCUCCAUACGGAUGGUCUAUGAUGUCCUGUGCUCAAGGAGAUAAGAAUUGAAGCAUUGAAGUACCUUAUAGGCAUUUAGAAGGUGAUCAUUGCUGCCACAUGAUACUGCCGGGUCAUCCAAACAAGUUAGUUAUUAUCAAUAUUCUAACUACAUGCUGCAGAUAUUGUUGCAGAUGUUUACUCUUUUCAUUUGCUUUUGUUUUGUCUUGUUGCAUGUUUCCUUAAAGCGCCUCGGAGAUCUUUAAGGAAACAUGGGUGCCAUGCUGAAUGAAGAUGACCCAACAAUUUUACCUAUGGGCUCAACCAAAUAAUAGAAAUACCUCAGUAUGUAACUCUAAGAAAGAAAGAGAAACUUAGGCCUUUUUUAGAAAGUAACAAGUACCCAUCAUAUCUGUGACUGCGAUGAAUAUGCUGUUUCACACAGUGGAACAGAGACAGCAUGUUAAAUCAUCUGAUAGGAGCUCCAGAUGAGAUUUGUGAGGAGUGUGGGGAGGAACCUUCCACUGUGCCCCUCCUGCUGCCGCUCUAUAAGACUGCAGCUCGGCUGGAGUCCUACCACGCUGACAGGAUGGACGCCUUACGACACCCUCCCGCCAUGCUGAAGGCCUUAUGUGUUCAAGUGUGUAUGCUCUACUCCGCCAUGAGUCUAGCCGGCUGGGCUCUGUCCUCGGACGCAGCUAGACUGCGGUGCGGCACGGACCUCAUCAGUGACCUCAUAUUUGUGUGUGGGGACCGUGGAAUCCAUUUAGGUAAAGGUUCGUGGUCUGGGUAUGGCUCUCGACCCAGGGGGAAGGGGAUAGUGGACCAGUGCUGUCAGUCAGCUGGCUGUGAACUUCAGCUUCUGGAGAUGUAUUGUGCCAAACCUAAGAGUAAGCUGAAGACGACAGCUCUCCCAACCCAAACCACGGCCACCCCUACCACCACACAGCUACACACGACUCAGCAGUUCCAAGCAGUGUUUCAGAAAAGACUCUCUGAGCACCUGGGAGCUCCCGGCAGUCCAAAGAGGGAAGCUUACCGAAAGAAAACACAACCUUCCCUCCGACGGAAAAGCAAAGUUGCAUUGUUUCGCAGGAGGAAUAGAACAAAGAGCACAACCAGUAGGCCUUCCUCGGCCUCUAAGAGUCCACUUCAAAGAAUAGUGGCAACUGAAUCGUGACCCUUGACCUCAUGGAAAUAAUAAUAUUUAGAGGUUUAGACCAAGACAGUUUGAAAGACUGGUAUUGACUCUGGGGAUUACAAACUGAUUUGGAGGGAAACAAAGAGUUGCCGGGUAACAUCCAGGAAGAAAUCCUCGGGUGAUGUUUAACCUCCUGUGGACUUGGGCUUGUGGGAGUUGGUGUUUGUAAGAGGCUGCUAAGCUCUAGACAAACGGUAACACUAGACACGCUGUGGAUUUUCAGUCAUCUUCCUUUUCUUUCCUACAAAUGUAAAGUUACAGUGGAUACACCACCUCACCAAGUUCUUCAAAGUAAUGAUUGAACCUGCUUUAGUCAAACUUAACCUACUGCACACAAUGUACCUAGCCCUGCAGUGCAGAACCCGUUUAGGCAACAAAACCACCUGUAGUGCUCAGGGUUUGAGUAGUUUUAGAAGUAGGUUAAGUUAGACUAAAGCAGGUCCAAUCAUUACUAUUGAAAGGUAUAUGCAACUGUGGUGCAAGGAACCGCAAGGUUGGUGGUUUGAAUCCUGGCUGCUCCAUGUCCCAUGUUGAAGUGUCCCUGAGCAAGACACCCAGCCCCUAACUGCUCCCUGGGCAAAAUGUAAAACCAUGGGUUAAAAAUGCAAUGUAAGUCGCUUUGGAUAAAAGCGUCAGCUAAAUUACAUGUAAUGUAUGUCAGAACAGUGAGUGACUGAAGCCUGCUCUCUAUUGGACUCUACUUUGAAGAACUUGGUGAGGUCGUGUAUCCACUGUAACCAGUCAAACCAGUAAUUAUCAUUCUAAUAAAUGGUUUAUGAGGGUUGUUGCAAUGGAAGUGUCAGCAAACAUCCAAAUUCAUUUGGAGUGCUGUUUUUGCCCUCCUAAAAAAUACAAGCCCUCCACCCUGGAGGCUUGUCUCUUACCUGCGUCCGUCGGCAGUUUGGUUGAGUUCACUGGCUUUUUACAUCCCUCUCCUGCCGUGGUAUAGAGCUAUAGGGGUGAGAUCAGAUGAAAUGCGUCUGCUUGGAUGUGCUUCAUUUCUGUUCUAUUUCUCACAGAGAACUAAACAUGACUCUAUUGUUGUAAUUAAGACACCUAUUAUAUGUAUGACACAUAUGUGAGACCUGAAAAGUUACAAAUAACGCUGAUUCUGGUUCUGAUUCUGUUAUGUGAAGUGUGCUAUCUGGUGCUAAGCAUGUUCACAUAGCACUUUUGACUGAAUGUCAAGUCCAGUGUUUUGGGGCUACACAUUCAAAUGUACCCAAGAUGUUUUCCCAUUGAAUGGGAUAGAUGUCAGUUGUACAGAGUUACAUUUAAUGUAAUAUGUAUAGGGUUUCUUUUUGUGUGUGCUUUGUAUUAUUUAUUUCACUAUG